CCCCCCUCUUAAAACACACACAUACGGGGCUCAAACUAAAAAAGAAAAAAUAACACACUCCACGCCAACUCCCCUCAGCCCCCCUCUGAGUUCACCCUCUGCCUCUUACCCACUGGGGGGCUGACUAUUCUCACACACACACGCACACACACACACCUACACACACACACACACGGCGACGCAAAACAAACAAUCAAGAGAGGGAACAACACACAGCCAAGUCACUUGCCCUUUCUACGCCUCCCUCUUGAUUUAUCCAACGUCCCCGUCCCCCCCCCCCCCUCCUCAGUCAUGUCCUCCAUCUUGCCCUUCACCCCGCCGGUGGUCAAGCGUCUCCUGGGCUGGAAGAAGUCGGCCAGCGGCUCCGGGGGUGCCGGCGGCGGGGGCAGCGGCAGCGAGCAGAACGGGCAGGAGGAGAAGUGGUGCGAGAAGGCCGUCAAGAGCCUGGUGAAGAAGCUGAAGAAGACGGGCCAGCUGGACGAGCUGGAGAAGGCCAUCACCACGCAGAACUGCAACACCAAGUGUGUCACCAUCCCCAGCAAUUGCUCUGAAAUGUGGGGCCUGAGCGGGCCCAAUACGAUAGAACAGUGGGAAACGUCAGGCCUAUACAGCUACCCUGACCAGACCAGGUCUCUGGACGGGCGUCUGCAGGUGUCCCACAGGAAGGGGCUCCCUCACGUCAUCUACUGCCGCCUGUGGCGCUGGCCCGACCUGCACAGUCACCACGAGCUGCGCGCCAUCGACACCUGCGAGUACGCCUUCAACCUCAAGAAGGACGAGGUCUGCGUCAACCCGUACCACUACCAGAGGGUGGAGACGCCAGUCCUCCCCCCUGUCCUUGUGCCAAGACACACGGAGAUCCUGACUGAGCUCCCUCCUCUGGACGACUACACCCAUUCCAUACCUGAAAACACCAACUUCCCCGCCGGGAUUGAUCCACCGAACAACUACAUACCUGAGACUCCACCACCAGGCUACAUCAGUGAGGAUGGAGAGACCAGUGACCAACAGCUGAAUCAAAGUAUGGACACAGGUUCCCCAGCAGAAUUGUCACCAAGCACACUUUCACCUGUCAAUCAUGGCAUGGUCGACCUGCAGCCGGUGACAUACUCAGAGCCAGCGUUCUGGUGCUCUAUAGCGUACUACGAGCUCAACCAGCGGGUGGGGGAGACCUUCCACGCCUCCCAGCCCUCGCUCACCGUCGACGGCUUCACUGACCCGUCCAACUCGGAGCGCUUCUGCCUGGGCCUGCUGUCCAACGUCAACCGCAACGCCACCGUGGAGAUGACCCGCCGACACAUAGGCCGAGGAGUGAGACUGUACUACAUUGGCGGAGAGGUGUUUGCGGAGUGUUUGAGCGACAGUGCCAUCUUCGUUCAGAGCCCCAACUGUAACCAGAGGUAUGGGUGGCACCCUGCAACGGUCUGCAAAAUCCCCCCAGGCUGUAACCUGAAGAUCUUCAACAACCAGGAGUUUGCGGCGCUGUUGGCCCAGUCGGUGAACCAGGGCUUCGAGGCCGUGUACCAGCUCACCAGAAUGUGCACCAUUCGCAUGAGUUUCGUCAAGGGCUGGGGCGCCGAGUACAGGAGACAGACGGUGACGAGCACCCCGUGCUGGAUCGAGCUGCAUCUGAACGGGCCCCUGCAGUGGCUGGACAAGGUCCUGACCCAGAUGGGUUCCCCUUCGGUCCGGUGCUCCAGUAUGUCCUAAAAGCCUCCGCCUCCGCCACCGGGACCCGGGACCGACCGUCGCCCCUGGCAACCCGUCGCCCCUGGCAACCACAACUGAGUCUACAAUCACUAAAGAGAAAGAAAAGAAAAGAAAAAAAAAAAAAAAAAAAAAUGACAAAAAAGCAAACAAAACAAAAAGUACGACAACUAGAAGAACAACAGACUUGCUAUAACCCCUCUCUUUCAUAGUACUUGUGAAUCCUUUCUUUCUCUUUCUCUCUCUCUCUCUCUCUUUCUUUUUCUCUUUCUCUCUUCUCUGGCCUCCUCCUGAUACUGAUGUUUUCAGCGUUGGGAACAGAGCUCGGCACUUGCUGUUGUUUCAGCUUCACGCACCUUUGAUUCUUUGAUUCUUCUCCUCCUAAAACCCUCGAUAUUAAAUGUGUUAGUGGUAGAACUGAAAUGUAAAUUGAUUUUUUAGAAAGACCCGGAAAAGUGUAUGUAUGUUGUGGGGAAAUUAUCGGAAAGGCAGGUAAUACUUGGCACGAGUGUUGCCGUAAGCUUUUUAUAAUUUUUUUUUUUUUUUUUUUCCCUUCAAUGAAGUUAUAAAAUUUGAAAAUGGUAAAUACUUCUUGGCUUCGAGCUCCUAAAAUUUGUCUGCUGCUGGACAAAAAAAGUUACUUUUUCUGGCAAAAAGUUGCAUUUCUGACUUGUGUCUUUGCGAGACUAAUUGAAAAGGUCCAAAAGUAUUAACUCUCAUUUAUCUCGCCUGUUGUGAUUUAUUUCCCUCAGUUUGUUUUGCUCUGAAAGGAAUGCCAAAAGAUGCUCUUUUUUUUUUUUUUUUUCUCCCUUCCAUUUCCAAAAAAAAGGUUAAAGCCCAAUUCCUGGCCCUCGCCCCCCCUCCCCUACUCGAAGAGAAUGUUGCCUUUUUUUAUUUGAGGUGUGCUGUUCUAAGACAUGCUUCUUUUAAAUUGAAUA